CGCCACCUCGAUGCGGAUACCGUCUCAAAUCCGGUAAUGCCCAUCAAGGUAUUGAUGGAAUGUCUGGCAUGCAGCUAUCCUGGCAGCCGGGAUUUUCCCUGUCCAGAAAGCCGGUGAAAAGGUCAAGAGCCCGUCGGACCAGACUCGGAGCAUUGGGACAUGCAGAUGGACCACAGAAGUUUGAGUUUGUAGCAGAGCACCCAGUGAGAAGUCAAAGGGGGUAUUGUGGGGGUGUUGAGCCUACUCUUGGCUAUGAAGCAGGCUCCAAAACCGAUGAUAGCAGCCUGCCCCUGGCCCAUUGUUCGACAACUGAACACCCCGCUGCGUCAGACAGCCCAGGGACUCUCUUCGAUCAGGCUGCCAGAGAAAUAAUAUCCUCUGUCGGGGCGCCUCACCACUCCCUGAGCGAUAGCGCACUGGUCGGGGACGGAGGCUCUGACUUGGAAGCACUCUACCGGACGACUGACCCAUAUACACGCAGCAAUGCAAUACAAUGUACAUCUUUGUACCCACCUGAACUCACCAACCACCAUAUGCAAGCUUCUGAGGGGGGCGAUAUGGGCCACGGUGCUUUCUGUGUAGGAGCAGGCCUGGCAGCAGUUUCGGAGCUACAUAUCGUACUACGCUCUCCUACCUCUGUACCACCGAGUAUACUAUACAGUAGCCUUUCUCGGCGGUUCCAACCUAUCCUUGAUAGAUAUAAUAGGGAGUUUUGCAAGAUUCCCUUGACAGCCAACCUAAGGAGGAACCCAUUCCAAUACCACACUGACCUUGGUAUGAAGCCUAUGUUUCUGGUCCAUGCUGUGAUGUCUUUAGCAGGCCAUCACAUCGAAAGUACAUCAACCCUCGUUCAUCGCCAUGCGGCACUCCAACUGCUCCGCGAAAGCCUUACCACAUGCAGCAACAUGGGACAGGGGUAUUCCAUGCUUGACACGAUUAUCAUCCUGUUUUCGUUGGACGAAACCCAGUCCGCUCUGGGGAAUUGGCGCACACAUAUUAUGGGAGCCUUUGGCCUUGUCGAGGCGUACGGUGGCAUCGACAAGUGGAUCACGUCCGCCCGAACACAGGUGCAGAUAGGUCUGCUCACAUGGUGGGAUGCGAUAACCAGUCUAGUGAACAGGGAAGACUGCAUAUUCCCUUACGCAUACUUUGAGGCCGCAGUUUCGAACCAGAAUGACCAAGAAUGGGACUAUUUUAGCCUGUGUGGAUGUCCACCAAGCCUCGUGGAAAUCGUGAUGCAAUUGGCGCGCCUGGGCGCGGAGAAGCGGAAAGCAUCCUCGUUGCGAUAUGUCAACUUCGAUACCACUGUUAUCUUGGAAUUGGAACGGUCACUCGAGUCCUGGCAUUACGUUUCCCCGGAGGCAGCUUUCCAGGACGAGGAAAGCCUGCAGCAGGAUCUAGAUAGCAUGCACUGCUCCGAGGCAUGGAGAAACGGUCUCCUUCUUUACAUACACCGAAUGUUUCAGUGGGAACCUGGAAGUAGCAUCCCAAUGCACAUUUUGUGCCGUGCAAGAGUCGUUAUGGACCAUGUGGUUGCGUGUCGCGACGAGGGCAUGAUGUCCAGGCAAGCCUUGCUGCCGCUCUUCUUUGCGGGCUGCGAGUUGAGAGAUCUGUCAUCACGGAGGCGGAUUCUCCAGCUCUGCUCGGAUUGGAAUGAGCGGACUCGAUAUUACAUGUUCGGUACUACUAUACCCCUGCUGAAGGAAGUAUGGGCUGAGCAGGAGGCAAAGGGGUUUGAGAACGUGUGGUGGGGGCAAAUAGUGGAUAGACAGCACUCGUCUGAUGGCCAUUCUCCUUUGCAGGUUCGGCUUUGCUUCGGAUGACAGGUGUAUCCUUUAUCUCCGCGUAUGUUCUACUUUAUCUCAACACGUUAUGCGGGUACUUUUUAGAUGAAGACUUUGUGACGUGUGCAGCAUAUAAAUCUAUAUAGGACUGCAAUCCGGAACCAUGCAGGAUAUAUGCUGAU